UUCUUUUCUUCCUCCACCUUCUUCCUCCAGGUUCUCUGACCCCUAGCCAGGGGAAUCCUAAACCCCACCUAUGUCUCUUCUGCCUAGCUAUUGGCUGUUGGCAUCUCUGUCUACCAAUCAGAAAUAGCUUGGGGGCAGGGUCACAGGUCUAUGCCCAGACUCCAGGACAGCACUUAGCAUUACAGUAGACAGCAAGACCAAACCUCAACAGGUGUGUGUGUGUGUGUGUGUGUGUGUGUGUGUGUGUGUGUGUGUGUGUGUGUGUACACACUCGUGCACGCGCACACAUGAGCGCUUGUCUGUCUGGGGAGGAGGGGCAGGACCCUCUUCUAUAUUUUCAGCCAAAAAUCCUGACUGAGGCUGGCCAUAUAGCCUGGUAGAGUAUUUGUUUUGUGUUUGUGAGGUCAUGGGAUAGAUCCCCAAAGAUAUCCAAAGCCAAUUAACUCUGUAAUGAGUGUGUAUGAUUUAUAUUACAUUUUACCAUUGUCAGUGCAUGUGUGUGUGCUGUGUGCAUUAUGGAACAUGUGUGGAGGCCAGAAGACAACAUAAGUCAUCUCUCUCCUACCUCCUGUGAGUCUCAAGGAUCACUUAAGGUUGUCAGGCAUGGCUGCAAGCACUUUAAUGUGCCAAGCUACCUUGCUACCUGGUGGUCUUAUUUUUGAUCAUAACCUUGUAUUGUCUGUUUAGAUGGAUUCACCCUCUGGAUCUGCUAUUUUGUGGUCUUUGGGUUUUGUUGUUGUUGUGUUUUGAGACAGGGUCUCUCUUUGUAGCCCUGGCUAUCGUGAAACUCACUAUGUAGACCAGGCUGGCUAUUCUUGAACUCACAGAGAUCCACCUGUCUGUCUCCUGAGUGCUGGAGUUAAAGGCUUGCACCACCAUGCCCAGCUGUGACUUUUUUUUUUCUUUUUUCUUUUUUUUUCGGAGCUGGGGAUCGAACCCAGGGCCUUGUGCUUGCUAGGCAAGUGCUCUACCACUGAGCUAAAUCCCCAACCCGUGACUUUUGUUCUACACUGUUCUAUUUCUGACACAGUAGCAACUGUUUUUUGUUUGUUUGUUUGUUUGUUUGAAUUCAGUCCCACCUAUAAGAAUGUGUAAUUUUUUUCUUAUCAUCUUAUCAAGCCCCAUGUCUCACCAUUUUUAAGAUUCAUUUAUUUGUCUUUUCUGUAUAUGGGUAUUUUGCCUGCAUGUGUGCCUGUACACCACGUGAAUACCUGCUAUCUGCGGAGGUCAGGAGAGGGCACCGGAUCCUCUGGAACUGGAGAUUCGGAUGAUUAUGAGCUGCCGUGUGGGUUUGGGGAACUAAAUCUAGGUCCUCUGGAAGGGCAGCCAAUGCUCCUAACUUCUGAGCCAUCUCUCCGACCCUGCCUAUCUUGUCAGGACAAGGUCUCACUCAGUCAAAACUGGCCUGAACUUGCCAUAUAGCCUGGGCUGGCCCCCUUUAUUUGCCUCUUGAGUCUGGUAUUCCAGGUGUGGCUACCAUACUUGGCUAUGCCUGUGUUAAAGAAGACUUGACUUCCAUUCUUCCCUACCAUAUCUCACUAUUGUCAGAAAAGCAAUGACUUCCAAAGCUCUAGGAUGUUUCCAGAGUGAUGCAACCAUAUUCUCUAAAUCUUAGUUUUCUUAUUUGUAAAAAUGGGGGAAGUAGUUAAGUAAAGAUAACCAACAUUUAAAACAGUACUGUCUUUCAGGUACCAGGCUAGCCCCGAACUCACUUUGCAGACCAAGAUGCCCUUGAACCCCACCCCUGUAGUGGUCCUGGGAUUCCAGGUAUCCAUCUCCAUGGCCUGUCAAUGCAGUGCUAGGGUGUGCAAACUCUGGUCUGUGCUACACAAGCACAGUGUCAGCCCUUGAUGCCAUUGUUAAGUAACACAAGGGUCACCCACCAUAACCAUCUGAUAAUGAAGCAGGCUGCUAGGUGACGAACAGGCCAUGUGUGUGGUGUGGACUUCCUAGGAAGAGACAUGCACAUCCACCCAGAUGAGACCCAGCAGGCUGGUUUAAGAUUCACCAUGUUUUUGGGAAAGCAUAAUGUUUAUAACUAAUGAGUUAACUUAUUUCUGGAAUGCUCUGGGAAUGCUUUCAGACUACAGCUGCUGAAACUGGAAAGGGCAACCCUGAGGUGGUGUCAUGGGUGACCCCCGCUCUGUUUUUAGCUUACUCCGAAGGCCUCUUGACUUGUCUCUAUUCCAUCACCAAGAGCACAGGGGCAGGCUGGGUCGCCUACCUGUCCCACAUAGGAUGCAGUUCUUUGGACGCCUCGUUAACACCCUCAGUAGUGUCACCAACUUGUUCUCAAACCCAUUCCGGGUAAAGGAGGUGUCCUUGGCUGACUAUGCCUCAAGUGAACGUGUUCGAGAGGAAGGGCAGCUGAUCCUGUUGCAGAAUGCUUCCAAUCGUACCUGGGACUGUGUCCUGGUCAGCCCUAGGAACCCACAGAGUGGCUUCCGACUCUUCCAACUGGAGUCAGAGGCAGACGCCCUGGUGAACUUCCAGCAGUAUUCCUCCCAGCUGCCACCGUUCUAUGAGAGCUCUGUGCAGGUCCUGCAUGUGGAGGUGCUGCAGCACCUGACGGACCUCAUUCGGAACCACCCCAGCUGGACAGUGACGCACCUGGCCGUGGAACUUGGCAUUCGGGAGUGUUUCCAUCACAGCCGCAUCAUCAGCUGCGCCAACAGCACAGAGAAUGAGGAGGGCUGUACCCCACUACAUCUGGCCUGCCGCAAGGGUGACAGUGAGAUUCUGGUGGAGUUGGUACAGUACUGCCACGCCCAGAUGGAUGUCACUGACAACAAAGGAGAGACCGCCUUCCAUUAUGCUGUGCAAGGGGACAAUCCCCAGGUGCUACAGCUCCUAGGAAAGAAUGCCUCAGCCGGCCUGAACCAGGUGAACAACCAAGGGCUGACGCCGCUGCACCUGGCCUGCCAGAUGGGGAAGCAGGAGAUGGUGCGUGUCCUGCUGCUCUGCAAUGCCCGCUGCAACAUCAUGGGGCCCGGUGGCUUCCCCAUCCACACAGCCAUGAAGUUUUCCCAGAAGGGGUGUGCUGAAAUGAUUAUCAGCAUGGACAGUAACCAGAUCCACAGCAAGGAUCCUCGCUAUGGAGCCAGCCCGCUCCACUGGGCCAAGAACGCUGAGAUGGCCCGAAUGCUUCUGAAGAGGGGCUGUGACGUGGACAGCACAAGUGCCUCGGGGAACACAGCCCUGCACGUGGCGGUGACGCGCAACCGCUUUGACUGUGUCAUGGUGCUGCUGACCUAUGGGGCCAACGCAGGUGCCCGAGGAGAGCAUGGGAACACACCACUGCAUCUGGCCAUGUCGAAAGAUAACAUGGAGAUGGUCAAAGCCCUCAUUGUAUUUGGGGCAGAAGUAGACACCCCGAAUGACUUUGGGGAGACUCCUGCAUUCAUAGCUUCCAAGAUCAGCAAGCUGAUUACCAGGAAGGCGCUCUUGACUCUGCUGAAAACGGUGGGGGCCGACUACCACUUCCCAUUCAUACAAGGGGUCUCCACGGAGCAGAGCUCUGCAGCUGGACCUCACCCCUUCUUCUCCCUGGACAGAACUCAGCCUCCAACGAUCAGCUUAAACAACCUAGGCAGGCAGUCACUCAAACCAGGCUGGAUGAGCUUCAGGACCUCAUGCCCGUCUCCCGAGCCCGGAAGCCAGCGUUCAUCCUGAGCUCCAUGAGGGAUGAGAAGCGAAGGUAUGUGGGGUGAGGACCAGCCUGGUGUGUUAGACCCGAGGCCCUCAGCGGGCUUUCCCUCGUCCCCACCCUGUGCUGGGAGCUCCUCCUAGCCAUCAUGGUGGAGGCCCAAGCCUUUGGAGCCUGUGACAACUCCUUAGGGGCAGAUGAUGUCCCCUCUGUCCCAGCACAGGGCCGUGCAGCUGGAUGAGCUUGGGCUUAUAGCAGUGUGGUUUCAUUGUCUUUCCUUAACUGCUAUUUGUGGGGAGAAGGUAGCCUGAAUCCCUUCUGGAGAGAGGUAUCUGCAUCUGUUUCUCGCUGCUGCUGGUUUCCUUACCCACCUUCCUCCCUCCAUGGUCACUUCUUCCCAGGUGGUAUUUCCUGGGUAAGACGUGGGAUUGGGAGGCGGACAGAGUGAUGGAGACUGGGUCCUCUCAUGGUCACCAGGUCCUACCAGGGGAAACACCCAGCCAUAGGUCUUGUACCCUGGGUCCAACCCUUGCCUGCAUUAAGAGAAAAUGCUGGGAUAGCGUGUGUGCGCGCGCGCACACACACACACACACACACACACACACACACACACACACACACACGAUACACGAUAUCUAUAUCUGUAUUCUGGUUUCCACAAAUCUCUUGCUCUGUCACUACUUUGGACAGUGUUACAACUUACAGGAAAAAAUGAACAGAAGUCAGGAGAUAUGCAGGUGUGGGCUUGGCUAUGAACCUGAGUUACUAGACUGGUAGAGAAUUCCUUUCUGGUGCUAGGGGCCAGAACCCACUCCUAGCAUAGCAUUAAUAUCCCUGUCAGGAUCCUAAUUCCUAGGCCCCACCACCAUUGAGUACUUCCAAGUCUUGCUCUUGAGGCACAGGCCUUGGCAAGCGCUGCCCAGUGCUCCUGGUGGCCAUGACAAGGACUUGCCAUCUCCACAGCCUCCCUUUGUUAUCACAGACUGUUAUCCACUCUUGGUUCCCUCUUGCUGGAGGCCUUCCUGGGAGGAACAACAGAUUUCCAGUCUGAGAGGUGAGGUGACACAGGGUGAGUUAGAGUGAAGGCUCUGCCAGGCCUUCCAAGGUUCACUGCAGGCCCUCAGAGAAAUCACGACCAUCAUCAGCCACAGCUGCUGCUCCUGUGGCCCACAAGCCCCCUUCUUUCCAUGGUCACUGCUUACACAUGACCCGGAAACACACCUACUCCUUUAACAUCCUGGCUCUUGCUUCCACAGUGCCUCCUGCAACCAUACAUCAUUCCGUAUGUCUGUACAUAUGCAUGAACGUCCACAGAGGCCCAGGCAGAGCAGCUGUACCCCAGGGGAGAGGACUAGCCCUGACCAGAAGAAGAGGAAAAGGUGGAUUCUCUAGUAGGCAGGGUGUGCCUGCUGGGCUGGCAUGUGAGGAGUUAGGAGAUCCUGAGGACCCACAGGGGAAUGAGAGCUUCAGUCACAGGCUAACCUUGCUCUGGCCAAGCCUAUAGCUGAGUCUUGCCUGUUUCCUCAAGCCCUUCUGACCAGGGUUGUCCAGACUUCCCUCAUCUGUGCUGCUGCCCCUGCUGCUCUCCGAGUUCACUGAGUGACCACAUGUCUAGUUUAGAGACUCCUAAAGGAGCGUCACAUGGGCCUGCUUCACUGGCUCCCCCUCAUGCCUGUUGACAUGCAGUGCCAUGCAGAGCCCAGCCGCCCUGUCCUGGGGCUUUGUGUCCAGAGGUGGAGCACAAGCAAAGGACAGUGCCUUGGAGGGCAGCAGGCCAGGGAAUUUGGGGCUGGGACAGCUGCUCCAGCCAGUCCUGCUGGCACUGGGUGGGUACCUAGUUUUUUUUGGGGGGGGGGUUGUUUUUUUGUUUUUUUGUUUUUUGUUUUUUGUUUGUUUUGUUUUUGUUUUUGUUUUGUUUUGUUUUUUUGAUGCUGCUGAAGUAAAACAGACAAGUCAUCUUAGGGGAGAAAGGAGUUUUGUUUCAUGGUCUAAUUCUAGAUUACAGUCCACCACUGCGAGGAGUCAAGGCAGGAAUUUCAAACAAACUAGUCACAUUGCAUCCUCAUUCAAGAGCCCAGAGAAAUUAGAGUGUGCAUGCUCAACUUGCUUGUGCUUAGCUUGAUUUUGCCACUUGUAUAGAGUUCAAGACUCACUCCCUAAGGGAUGGUGCUGCCCACAGAGGGCUGGGCUCCUCCUCCCCUACAGAUCUGAGCAGCUAACCCAGUGGAGACUCUUCUCAGGUGAUUCUCAGUUGUGUCAAGCUGACAGUUAAAGCCAAUGGUCACAUUUGGCAGUGGUUUGUAAACCUCAGCACUCUAGUGACUGGGGAAGGAGGAUCGUCUCAUAAAACCAAAAACAUAACAAAAUCAUAAAACUGAGGUGAGAAAUGAGCUUAAAAGGAAGGGUUGAGCGUACGAGUAUCCCCAGGACACAUCCAUAAAGGCCUGGCACCAUUGCAUUUUCUGCCAUCUUUGGAACUAGGGUGGAUCGGGCAGGUUCUAACAGGAAUGUACAACCUUUUCACAUUGGGUCAUGACAUUGUCAUCUACAGGGGUCAUGCACAAGAACCAUGUGAUUGUGUAACAACAAAAUCACACACUUAUGCUUCAACUCAGUUUAUGACUGCAUUCGUAGAGGUUGGAUAAGCCCCCUAGUGUGUGACUCAGAAACUAAGCAUAUGCGACUUUAUACCAUGCCCCUGACUUCUGACCCUCUUACCAA